AUGUUGGGGGCACCUCCAAAUAUAUCAUAUGUCAACCAAAAUUUUGUGAGAAUAUUUGUAAGCUAUAAGAGCAACUUUUUACAGGAAAACCGAACCCAAGACGUUUUGGAUGUUGAAAAUGCUGAUAGUCAAGGCAUUAAUGACAAUGAAGCAAGCAGUGAAAUGCGCCCUCCAAAACAAAAAAGUGCUAAGAAAAAGAAAAUAGAAUAUGACAAUCCAAUGGUAAAGAGUCUUGUAAUUGGUGAAGAAUUUAGGAAUCGUAAAGGUUACUUUUCCUUAAAUGUCCAAGCCAUCUGUGAUACUGAUUUGAGAUUCAUGAAUGUGAUUGCCCGUUGGCCAGGCUCGACACAUGAUGCCACAAUAUUUAACAACUCAAUUCUUAGAGCACAAUGUGAUGCGGGUCUGUUUGGUAACCGCUGGAUGCUUGGUGCGCUUACACAAACAGGCCAUAUUUGUUACCUGUUACCUAUUAUAAAUCCUGUUACUGAGGCUGAAAAGCGCUAUAAUGAAGCACACAUAAAAACUAGAAAUGUUAUUGAAAGAACAUUCGGUGUCUGGAAGCGUCGCUUCCCUGUUGUGGCAUUAACACUGCGUUUAUCAUUGCCUAAAGUUCAGGCAACAAUAAUUGCUACCGCAGUAUUGCACAAUAUUUGUAGGAACCACAAUUUAGAGGAAGUUCCUUCAGAAGUGGAGCUGCCAACAGCGGAAAUAAAUGAAGAAGUGUACUAUACGGAAGUUCAUAAUGUUGACGAAUGA